GUUUGUGGGUAGCCUACCAACAAAUUUCACAAGAAAAAAACUUUUAGAUAUUUUUUCUCGCCCGCUAACUCUUGCUGGAGGGGGCAAGACCAGGAUACUAUGAGGAACCUUAAACCGUUGAAAUGCUUGCGCUGUUUGGAUUUGCAAAGUCCGGGGAGUCCACAGUGUUUUUCAGUAAGAACAGACACUGGCACUGUGCUCGUGGCUUCAGAGUUUUCCCUCACAGAAUAUGACCCACGCGCCGGUCAGGUAGUGAAUGAGGUGUCUCUGACAGCAGAAGACUACCUUCCAGAAGAUGGCAGUGGUGUUGUGGUGGGAAUCCAGGACUUACCUGAUCAAGAAUCUGUCUGUAUCGCCACUGGCAGUGGCGAUGUCAUUCUGUAUAACCUCAACACAAACCAGUUGGAGUGUGUGGGGAGUGUGGAGAGUGGUUUGACAGGCAUGAGCUGGAGUCCAGACCAGGAGCUGGUCACUCUUAGCACAGGUCAAGAAACCAUUAUUAUGAUGACCAAAGACUUUGAGCCCAUAACUGAAGUCGAGAUCCACCAGGAAGACUUUGGAGAGGGGAAGUUUAUCACAGUUGGUUGGGGAAAGAAAGAAACCCAGUUUCACGGUUCGGAGGGCAAACAGGCCGCUCAACGAAAGACCACGGAGGUGCAGCCUGUCAUGUCAUGGGAUGAUCGUAGGCAGCGGAUCACAUGGAGGGGUGAUGGGCAGCUCUUUGCCGUCAGCGCUGUGUGUCCUCAUACCGGGGCAAGAAAAGUUCGAGUUUGGAACAGAGAAUGUGUCUUGCAGGCUACAAGCGAAGCAAUUAAUGGUUUGGAGCAGGCUCUGUGUUGGAAACCAUCAGGUAGUCUGAUUGCCUCAACACAGCGGCAUCCUAACAAGCACAGUGUCGUCUUUAUGGAGAAGAAUGGCCUGCUACACGGAGACUUCACUCUGCCCUUUGGCAAAGAACAAGCCAAGGUAAAGGAACUUCUGUGGAACAGUGACUCUACUGUACUGGCUGUGUGGCUUGAGGACCUGAGCCCUGGGGAGGACAGCCAACCUAACACAUACAUUCAGCUUUGGACAGUUGGGAACUACCACUGGUAUUUGAAACAGAGCCUACAUUUUGGCAGUGGCCCUCUUAGGGCUCCAGCUUGCGUGUGCUGGGACCCAGAGAAGCCCUUGCGUCUUCAUGUCCUAACAAAAGGAUGGGCCGGCUACACCUACGACUGGGGCUGGAGCACGGAGCGUAGUCCAGGGGACGACUCUCGGGACAAUGCCUGUGUCGCAGUGAUCGAUGGAGAUAAGGUUUUGGUGACAACAUUUCGCCAGUGUGUGGUCCCUCCACCUAUGUGUGCCUAUGAGCUCCAGUUACCCUCUCCUGUCAAUCUCGUGACUUUCUGUUCUGAAGCACUGAAGACCAAUGAACUGGCUGCGUUUACGGCAGACGGACGCAUCUUUGUCUUUAAUCAAGGAAACAGAGAUGAAACUAAACCAGUCGCAGGACCUACUGGAUUUAAAAUGAUUUCAGAAACUCCCACGUUGCAGAAAACAUACAGAGUGGAGGUGAACGGGGAGGAGCCGUUGUUCCUGCGUUUGCUGCUGUGGCUGAAGGAGAGUCUGUUCCUGGCCGUCAGCUGUGGAGAGGAUUUGAACCACUCUUGGCUGCUCAUGCUCAGUGCCCCUGAGAGCCAGAGUCCAGAGUCCACCUUGCAGAUCAGAUCAAAGGUCCUGGUGGAAGGUCACGUGAUCAGUUUGUGUCAUAGACCUGUGAGUGGCACAGUGGCCCUGCAGCUGGAGGAUGGCCAGAUCAGAAAGCUGUUUUGGGAGUCCUCAGAACCAACAGUACGUCAGUGGCGGAACCAUUCAGGCUGUAGCAUUAACUUUCCACAGCCUUGCGUUCAAACCGGACUCUGUACCAUCAGCGGAGAGGAACAUUUGAUAGGUCUCACAGACAGAUCACAUCUUUACAUAGGUGACACUGAGGUGGCCUCAAACAUCUCUUCCUUCGUGGUGUACGAUGACUUCCUCCUCCUCACCACUCACUCACACACAUGCCGUUGCCUCAGCCUGAGCACCCUGUCUGUCAAAGGUCUUCAGACAGCGCUGGAGUCGGACGCAGGUCAAAAUGAUGAGACCCUGAGGAGAGUGGAAAGGGGCUCUCGUAUUGUCACUGUAGUCCCUCAAGACACCAGGCUUAUCCUACAGAUGCCUCGUGGUAACUUGGAGACCAUCCACCAUCGAGCGCUUGUGCUUGCUCAGCUUAGGAAGUGGCUCGACAGUUUGAAAUUCAAGGACGUCUUUGAAUGUAUGAGGAAGCUGCGCAUUAACCUCAACCUCAUCUAUGACCACAACCCCAAAGUCUUCUUGGAGAACACUGAGCUGUUUCUGAAGCAGAUUGACUCCAUAAACUACAUUAACCUGUUUCUCACAGAGCUCAAGGAGGAGGAUACUACUAAGACCAUGUACCCUUGUCCAUCAAGUACUGCCAGCAAGCCCGCUACUCCAGGAACCGGUGGGAAGAAAGUAGACAUUGUGUGUGAUGCGCUACGGACCACCAUGGAAAGUCUUGAUCCACAAAAGUAUUGUCUGUGUAUAUUGACUGCACAUGUGAAGAAGACUACUCCAGAGCUGGAAACCGCUCUCCAGAAGGUCCAUGAGCUAAGAGUGAACCCUCCAAGUGAAGCUAACACAGUGAGCGCAGAGGAAGCCCUGAAGUACCUGCUGUUCCUGGUCAACGUAAAUGAGCUCUAUGAACACUCUCUGGGGACCUAUGAUUUUGACCUGGUGCUCAUGGUCGCUGAGAAGUCUCAGAAGGACCCCAAAGAGUACCUUCCCUUCCUGAAUAUGCUGAAAACUCUAGAACCCAACUACCAACGUUACACUAUUGACAAACACUUGAAGAGAUACAAGAAGGCUUUGCAUCACCUCAGCAAGUGUGGCGAAGAGCAUUUCACAGAGGCCUUAAACCUGGUGAAGGAUCAGAGAUUGUACAGUGAGGCUCUAGAACUCUAUCCGGCAGAUAGCCCACAGUACAAGGUGUUGAGCGUUGCCUACGCAGAGUAUCUGGUGGAGCACCAGCAGGCAGAACAGGCAGGACUGUUGCUAUGGCGAUGUGGCGAGACAGCCCGUGCCCUGCAAGCGUUUGUGAGCUGUACCAGCUGGAGGCAUGCGUUAGCUGUGGCCACUCAGAUUCCCCUGCCCGCAGAGGAGCUGGCACUGCUCGCUCGAGAUUUGGCCGAGAAACUGAUUGAGCUAAGAAGGCACACAGAAGCAGCUCUGCUACUGGAGCAGUAUGCUAAGGACUGUGAGGAAGCCAUCUCUGCUCUGAUUGUGGGGGCUGCCUGGGAGGAAGCUCUCAGAUUGGUAUAUUUGUACAACAGGCAGGACAUCAUUGAAACUAAUGUGAAACCUGCUCUACUGGAAGCACACAGUACUCAGAUGUCUUUCCUGGAGUCUCAGAAAGCUUUGUUUACUCGUCACAAAAACCGUCUGGCUGUGGUGCGGGAGAUGAAAGAAAAAGCCAGACUGGAGCUAUUGGAUGAGGACGGCCCAGACUGCCCAGAUGCUGAACUUUUCUCUGAGGCGAGCAGUGUGAUGACUGGCAGCCAUCUUGGCUCUAAAUACUCCCGCAGUAACUCUCGAAUCUCAGCGAGGUCGUCUAAGAACCGCAGGAAGGCAGAGGGGAAGAAGCACAGCCUGAAAGAGGGCAGCCCUUUCGAGGACGUCGCACUGCUCCAUGCCCUCACGCAAAUCAUCCACGUCGUCGACAAGAUGAGAGAAGAGGUGCACAGCUUGCUGAAGGCUUUAGUGCUGUUCCAGUAUGACAAACAGGCUUGUAGUCUGCAGCAGGACUACAGUGAGAUCCUCCAGCUUAUAGAAACAGCCAUCCCAGAAAUCUGGCAUGAAGGCCUUCAACAGACUCAAACCCCAGUUACAGGCCCCAACUCCACAGCAAAUAGUAUCAUGGCUUCAUUUCAUCAGCAGAGACUAUCUUCAGUGUCCCAAGCAGACUCUGAGGCUCUUUCUCCACCCAAAAUGAGAAGCUCUGUCAAAUGGAAGCUCUGUAUUCUUAAAUAGUUUUCCUGCUUGUUUUGUC